AUGAACAAUGAUUAUAUUAAAAAUCAAAAAGGUUUAUUGCAUCUGGCUCGACUGAUUAUUCUUAUUAUUUGUAUCAUUUUUAUAAAUAUAUUAUCAUGUGGUCAAAAUGCGUUUGGUGGCCAUGCAAAUGUUAACUCAACAUCAGACAGUGAAUUUAUUCAUAUUAUUAUGUGGGUAGCUCUAGCAGUUGAUAGUUUUGUUUUCUUAUGUCGAAUGUUCGAGCAAGACGAUGGAACAAGUCAAACAUCAUUAUUAAUUGAUUGUGCAUUCGGUCUUAUCUAUUUUGUUGCUUUUGUUAUUCUACUUGUAUCAUGGAUAAAAUGUGCCGAUACAAAUACAUUAUUUUGUAAUGGUAAACAUAAAUGUAUUGUUCAUAUUUUACCUACUGCUGGUGCUCUUGCUCUUACAAUACUUUAUAUUUAUCAUGAUGUUCAACGUUCAAUUGAACAAUUAAAUUCUAUUUAA